AUGUUACUAGAAAGCUUUUCAAAGUAUCAUUGUGGCAUAGGGGGGAUAUUUGUUGAAGGCAUAGAGUUUAAGGUCAUCCCAAGCGUAAAUCAAAUAGUGGACUUAGAACAAAAUAAAAAGAUGAAGGAUGGAACAAACAUGGGAGGAGUCUUGAAAACAAAGUUGGAGAUGGACUCAGUGGAACAAAUGAUAGCCGAUAAUAAAGAAAUUAUUAAAAGGUCUGGAAACAAUGUCCAAAUUGCCUCAAGUGUAGAGCUCUGCUUACUUCUUUUCAAGGGAAUUCUCAUUGACAAUGGUGAAACGUUAUUCUCCCUAAGCAAAGUCAACGGGAAGAGAUGUCAUAUGCUACCUGCAAAAGCAAUUAUAUACAACUCUUCAAAUAUAAAGUUGUGCAACCCUCCAACUGAAUCCAGGUGCAGAUUUGAAGAGGUUGUUGAGAUUCUAUCUCACCAGGAUUUUCGUAUCAAAUGUGACAUUGAGACCAAAAUGCUCUCAUCAGAUACAACCUAUGCUUGUUUCCUUGUGUUCAAACUUUCAAAAAAAAUGUCAUGGGCUCCAGUGCCCAACGAGCUUUUCAUGAUGAAGCUAUUCGAAAACAUGGUUGUAUCGAUUCCUGAAACCACAUUCCCGUUAAUCCUCUCGGCGGUGCCUCUGCCGCUGAUGCGCCUCCUCUCCGGCCCUCCCAAUAUCUCUUGGACUUCAUCAUCGGCCUCCAGUGAUCCAAUCUGUCGUAUUCCUCCUCCACGAGUUUUGGGCUCUUUGAAUACUGAAUUUUGGAGUGGCAGCCCGUGA